GUUUGGGGAGAAGGAGGAGUUGUUCCCCUGGAGUUUGAAUUUCAUAUGGGUGGAGCCGUGGAGUCGGAAACUUGGAAUCCCCUGGAGUUUGAAUUUUACUCCAGCUCUACUUUGGAGAAUAGGAGUUCAGUUCGGUUCUCCUUGUCUCGUCAAUGCCCACUGCUCCAGCUUCCUCUGCGGCGGCGGCGGCCUCCUCCGUGAUCUCCAAGCUCCACACGAGAUGCCAUUCCCUCUCCGCCAUGAAGCAGCUCCACGCGCACAUCCUCCACCUCAACCACCACCGCCGCCGCCCCUUCCCCUACAACCACUUCCUCUCCAAGCUCCUCACCCUCUCCUCCUCCGCCGCCGCCGCCGACUACGCGCUGCUCCUCCUCGCCGCGCACCCUGCCCCUACGGCCUUCUCCUACAACGUCACGCUCCGCUUCUUCGCGUCCACCCGCCCGCGCACCGCCCUCCGCCUCUUCCUCCGCAUGCUCCGCGCCGCGCUCCGCCCGGACGCAUACACGCUCCCGUUCCUCCUCCUCGCCGCGGCGCGCGCCCCGGAGCCGCCAUUCGCGCGCUCCGCGCACGCGCUCCUCUGCAGGCUCGGGCUCCAGGCGCACGACCACACCGUGCACUCCCUCGUCACCAUGUACUCCAACCUCGGCGACCCCCUUGCCGCGCGCAGGGUGUUCGACGGAAUCCCCCGCCGGGACGUCGUCUCCUGGAACGCCAUGAUGAAGGCGUACGAGCGGGCGGGCAUGGCAGCCGAUGUGGCAAGGAUGUUCCGUGACAUGAUCGAUGAGGGUGCCGUGGCGCCCAAUGAGGUGACCGUGGCCGUCGUGCUCGCCGCAUGCAGGGAUGCCGGGGACUUGGUGCUUGGUAGGUGGUUGGAGGAGUGGGUCAGGUCUGCGGAGAUUGAGGUCGGGUCGCUCGUCGGCUCUGCUCUCGUCGGGAUGUAUGAGAAGUGUGGUGAGAUGACAGAGGCACGGCGCGUGUUUGACGGCAUCGCUCACAAGGAUGUCGUCGCUUGGAAUGCCAUGAUCACCGGGUACGCGCAGAAUGGCAUGUCCAAGGAAGCCAUUGCUUUGUUUCACAGCAUGAGGCAAGAAGGGGCAAGUCCAGAUAAGAUAACCUUGGUUGGAGUGCUCUCAGCCUGUGCUGCGGUCGGAGCUCUGGAGCUAGGCACUGAACUGGACGCCUAUGCCUCACACAGAGGCCUCUACGGCAAUGUCUACGUCGGGACUGCCUUAGUGGACAUGUACUCAAAGUGUGGAGAUCUUGACAAAGCCGUACAAGUGUUUGGGAAGCUGCCAUGUAAGAAUGAAGCUACAUGGAAUGCCUUGAUCUGUGGGCUUGCCUUUAAUGGGAGAGGCCAUGAAGCCAUUCGGCAGUUUGAAGUCAUGAGGAAUGAGGAAGGGCUCCGGCCUGAUGAUAUCACUUUUAUAGGAGUCCUUUCUGCUUGUGUGCAUGCAGGGUUACUGAAAGAUGGCCGGCGGUGGUUCAACUCCUUGACAUCCGAGUUUCAAAUCAUUCCCAAGAUCGAGCACUACUCCUGCAUGGUUGAUUUAUUGGCACGUGCCGGACAUUUAGAAGAAGCAUGGGACUUCGUUGAGAAGAUCCCUGGUAAGGCGGAUGCAGUAAUGUUGGGAGCUUUGCUUGCUGCUUGUAGGAAAUGCAAGAAUGUUGAGGUCAGUGAAAGGGUCAUCAAUAGGAUCAUGCAGCUGGAGCCCUCAAAUUCGUGGAACUAUGUGGUUUCGUCCAAGAUAUAUGCAAGCUCAGAUAGAUUGGAUGACUCUGCAAAGAUGAGAGGUCUGAUGCGGGAGAGGGGUGUCAGCAAAAUUCCGGGUUGCAGCUGGGUCGAGGUUAGUGGCAAAGUCCUUGAAUUCUAUGCAGGGGAUGAAUCGCAGCACGGGGCGGAUGAUAUGUAUCAGCUCCAUGAUAUGCUGAUUGAUGAGAUGAGACUGGAGGGUUAUGUUCCAAAUCUUGAUCUGGUGUAGCACAAAUCCCCAGAACCAGAAGCACAUCAGCAUUGCACUCUUGCUGAAAUUUGCUUUCUGGAUUGCUAUCAUGUCUGCGGGGCUGUCAAGAUGUUCAUCGGAAAAGGAGUCCGCUGUUGUAUUUUCUCAGGGGAGCAGCAACAUCAGCUAAAAUACUGAAUAUAAUCGUCGGAUGUUCAAGAUGAACGUUGCUUCACAUUCCUUCUGUAUGACUGGAUGGACUGUUUAAAUUUACUCAUCAAACAGGGAUUUUCAAAAUUUUGCAGCAUGCUAGAUCAUUAACAAAGGUCCACAGCAGAGGAGUCGCCAGGUCACCAUCAAACCCUAAAUCUCUCUCAUCAUGUUGCUGCUACUUCUCAUACAUCCCGUGCCAACUCGCCGCUGCAGCCGUAGUUUGGGGUAUUCGCCGGCGCCUCACACCAGUUCCAUCUCAUCGUGGCAUCACAUCCCUGCUGUUCUCUCCACCCUGUCCGAAAUCAUGGACACUGGUUUUCGAGAUCUAUGGCGGUACUCAUUAGCUGGCUUACUGCCACUAUAAUCUGGAAUAUAUACAAACUGUUUAUCAACCACUUUUUCAACCUUUUUUGUAAAGUACGGAAGAAACUAUGACCUGAACUUGAACUGACAUGAGCUAUUGGGCGAGAUGCCCCUGAAGAUAUCAUGUCCUGCAUUCCUGCAAUUGAGAACCAUCAGUGGAGAAUAAUCACUGGCUGCGACCCCAGUAAUGCCUGGUGGAGUUAUCACAAUGGAGGAUCGUGGCCAGUUCAAGGACGGCUGGCCCGACCCGAUUACUACGGCGGCAAGCUGGGGAAGUUCAUCGGCAAGCAGUCCAGGAAGGUCCAAACAUGGUCCAUCGCGUGAUACCUCGUUGCAAGGAUGAUGCUGUAAGGCCCGUCAACUCAUGAUGAUCUCCUUGGAGGAUUGGGCUGUGAAGCCGACGAUGAGACGAUCGGCAUCUUGGAAUGCCUGAAAGUUGUAGGAACUAGCCACCCUCUGUUCGUAAUAUGACAGCACUGAAGAAAAUUUUACUAUCCAAAAAGGUUUAUAGGAAUGGUCUGUUGAAACUUGACAAAA